GUAUUUUUAGUAGAGACGGGGUUUCACCAUGUUGACCAGGAUGGUCUUGAUCUUUUGACCUCGUGAUCCACCCGCCUCGGCCUCCCAAAGUGCUGGGAUUACAGGCGUGAGCCACCGCGCCCGGCCAGUUCCCCUCUUUAGUCACCCGCAUCUCCACUCGUGCCAAGUUCACUGCCCUUUACUGGCCUUUGCCUUCGCCCUGCACUGGGCCUUCCACCGUUCUCAAUGGGUGGGGCGACAAGUAGAAGGUAUUUGAGGGUCCCAGGAGUUUGUAAUUGUAGGCCCUCACCUCAGCACAGCCUGGUGUUAUGCAGAAUGCUUGCAGAGCCAUUAUCUCUUAUGGCAGCUGUGGCUAGGCAGGAAGGGACCACAUACUGUGUCUCACUUGCAGAUGAGGACAAAGCCUCCCAGAGGUAGGUGGAGACAUGCCUGUCGGCAGGAACAGAAUCAGACCCACACCCUCCACAUCCUAGCUCCCUUUCUCCCAAACUUAUCCUGGACAGUUUGUCCCAUCCCGGAUGGUAGCUUGGAACAGGCAUUGCAGGUCCAGGAGCCUGUGAACCAGUCCCCUGAGCAGCUGGGUGGCGAGGAAGCCUCAGUGACUGGGCCAUUUCCUCAGCUGCCAGCCAGCUCCUUCCCCAGCAGAGACCCUGUCUCUCCUGAGGGACCCCAUAGUCAGGGCCCAGAGGACAGUGGUGAGCAACAAGGCCACUGCCAGGGGAAGCCGACCUGGGGCUGUGGGUGUGGAGAGAGCUGCUCCUCUCCUUUUUCUCCCCUCUUACCCUUUGGCCAGCCAGGCCCUGCCCACUUGCUGUCCCCUAGGGCAGUGGAUUUUAAGGAGGCUUGGCUCCUCCCUGCCAGCCUGGCCUGCCCAAAUCAGCCUACCCUGCUUCACCCCCUUAGGAGCCUAGCAUCUGGCUGGGUCCUCCCUGGCACUGCUAGAGGUGAAGGCCCUCUUUGGUUCUGGAGUUCGUCUUCUAAGUCUGGUGGGCCGUCCCUUGGUUUCUGGGCCCCCUUGAACUCCCCUAGCUCCGUGCUCACAGCUAUCUCAGGGUCUCCCCUGCUUGCAGCUGCACUUGGUACAGCCUGUGCCAGCCCCUGAGGGACUGGCUGCAGCUUCAUUGGCAAACAGGCGGGCAAGGGGCACAGGGCUGCUGGCCGGAGCUGCCUGCACUCUGCAGAGGCUCGGGGUGGUCUGGGGGCCCCUCCGCUGCAGUCUGCCCGAUCCCUGCCGGGCCCCGCCCCCUGCCUCAAGCACUUCCCGCUCGACCUGCGCACGUCUAUGGAUGGCAAAUGCAAGGAGAUCGCCGAGGAGCUGUUCAGCCGCUCGCUGGCUGAGAGCGAGCUCCGUAGCGCCCCGUAUGAGUUCCCCGAGGAGAGCCCCAUCGAGCAGCUGGAGGAGCGGCGGCAGCGGCUGGAGCGGCAGAUCAGCCAGGAUGUCAAGCUGGAGCCAGACAUCCUGCUUCGGGCCAAGCAAGAUUUCCUGAAGACGGACAGUGACUCGGACCUACAGCUCUACAAGGAACAGGGUGAGGGGCAGGGUGACAGGAGCCUGCGGGAGCGUGAUGUGGUGCUGGAACGGGAGUUUCAGCGGGUCACCAUCUCUGGGGAGGAGAAGUGUGGGGUGCCAUUCACAGACCUGCUGGAUGCAGCCAAGAGUGUGGUGCGGGCGCUCUUCAUCCGGGAGAAGUACAUGGCCCUGUCCCUGCAGAGCUUCUGCCCCACCACCCGCCGCUACCUGCAGCAGCUGGCUGAAAAGCCUCUGGAGACCCGGACCUAUGAGCAGGGCCCCGACACCCCUGUGUCUGCUGAUGCCCCGGUGCACCCCCCGGCGCUGGAGCAGCACCCGUACGAGCACUGUGAGCCGAGCACCAUGCCUGGGGACCUGGGCUUGGGUCUGCGCAUGGUGCGGGGUGUGGUGCACGUCUACACCCGCAGGGAACCCGAUGAGCAUUGCUUAGAGGUGGAGCUGCCAUACCCCGACCUGCAGGAAUUUGUGGCUGACGUCAAUGUGCUCAUGGCCCUGAUUAUCAAUGGCCCCAUAAAGUCAUUCUGCUACCGCCGGCUGCAGUACCUGAGCUCCAAGUUCCAGAUGCACGUGCUACUCAAUGAGAUGAAGGAGCUGGCCGCCCAGAAGAAAGUGCCACACCGAGAUUUCUACAACAUCCGCAAGGUGGACACCCACAUCCACGCCUCAUCCUGCAUGAACCAGAAGCACCUGCUGCGCUUCAUCAAGAGGGCGAUGAAGCGGCACCUGGAGGAGAUCGUGCACGUGGAGCAGGGCCGUGAGCAGACGCUGCGGGAGGUCUUCGAGAGCAUGAACCUCACGGCCUACGACCUGAGUGUGGACACGCUGGAUGUGCAUGCGGACAGGAACACUUUCCAUCGCUUUGACAAGUUUAAUGCCAAAUACAACCCUAUUGGGGAGUCCGUUCUCCGAGAGAUCUUCAUCAAGACGGACAACAGGGUAUCUGGGAAGUACUUUGCUCACAUCAUCAAGGAGGUGAUGUCGGACCUGGAGGAGAGCAAAUACCAGAAUGCAGAGCUUCGGCUCUCCAUUUAUGGGCGCUCGAGGGAUGAGUGGGACAAGCUGGCGCGCUGGGCCGUCAUGCACCGCGUGCACUCCCCCAACGUGCGCUGGCUGGUGCAGGUGCCCCGCCUCUUUGACGUGUACCGUACCAAGGGCCAGCUGGCCAACUUCCAGGAGAUGCUGGAGAACAUCUUCCUGCCACUGUUCGAGGCCACCGUGCACCCUGCCAGCCACCCAGAAUUACAUCUGUUCUUGGAGCAUGUGGAUGGUUUUGACAGCGUGGAUGAUGAGUCUAAGCCUGAGAACCAUGUCUUCAACCUGGAAAGCCCCCUGCCCGAGGCCUGGGUGGAGGAGGACAACCCACCCUACUCCUACUACCUGUACUACACCUUUGCCAACAUGGCCAUGUUGAACCACCUGCGCAGGCAGAGGGGCUUCCACACGUUUGUGCUGAGGCCACACUGCGGGGAGGCUGGGCCCAUUCACCACCUGGUGUCAGCCUUCAUGCUGGCUGAGAACAUUUCCCAUGGGCUGCUUCUGCGCAAGGCCCCAGUCCUGCAGUACCUGUACUACCUGGCCCAGAUAGGCAUCGCCAUGUCCCCGCUCAGCAACAACAGCCUCUUCCUCAGCUACCACCGCAAUCCGCUACCGGAGUACCUGUCCCGCGGCCUCAUGGUCUCCCUGUCCACUGAUGAUCCCCUACAGUUCCAUUUCACUAAGGAGCCGCUGAUGGAGGAGUACAGCAUCGCCACCCAGGUGUGGAAGCUCAGCUCCUGCGAUAUGUGUGAGCUGGCCCGCAACAGCGUGCUCAUGAGCGGCUUCUCCCACAAGGUAAAGAGCCACUGGCUGGGACCCAACUAUACCAAGGAAGGUCCUGAGGGGAACGACAUCCGCCGGACCAACGUGCCAGACAUCCGCGUGGGCUACCGCUAUGAGACCCUGUGCCAGGAGCUGGCGCUCAUCACACAGGCAGUCCAGAGUGAGAUGCUGGAGACCAUCCCAGAGGAGGUGGCUGUGGCCAUUAGCCCGGGGCCUCAGUGAGCCUGGCCCCUGCAGCGCCCACCACAUCGCAGCAGUUUGACCACGUUCUGUCCUCAGACCCCUCCCAUGCUGUGUGGUCUCUGCAUGUCUCCAUUCUUCUCUGUCUCUGUCUCUUUCUUGCAUGUCUCUGACCAUGUCACUGUCGCUGGGCCACCUAUCGAAGGCAAAGCCUGGGAAUCUGCUCAUUGUUGUUUGGGCUCAGAUAGCACCUGACUGCCCAGGUACUGAGGGCCUCCUCUGCUGGUGGCCCUGCCCUGAGAUCCUCAGAAGUGUGACUGUCCUAUGGGCUUCUCCAGUGUCCACGGGGGAUUGGGAUGGUUGUGGGGGGCCGGCCCCUCUAGCCUUUCAUGUCCUGCCUAGACAAAUCUAAGCUUUGGCCAGGGCUGAAGUUUAGGCCCCUGUUUUAUGUAGCCGAGGGGCAGGCAGGGGACCUGUACACCUCUGCUGUGGGCCCGGGGCUGCUGAGGGUCUCUAUGGGGCUCCAGCAGCUUUGCACUGGGUAGAGCUGAGCUGAGAGCUCAGUCACAGCCCUGGGCUUCCUGGCCUGAGUGGGUAGACGGAGGCGGCAGAGGUGCUGGACCACAUCUCCGCCAAGUCACUGCCCAGCAGCUUUCUCUCCGUCCUGUCCCCAGCCCAUGUGCUCCUUGGUGUCAGCUUCCCGUGCCUCUGUGGGAGAAGGCAGCUGCCUUGUGUUCUGUCUGGGGCCACGGUCGCUGCAAGGUCCUGGAUCUGCCACUCAGCCCUGGGAGCGGUGUUCCCAGUGCGGUUCCCAGAGCUUUGACCAGAUCCUGAUCCCAGCUGGCCCCUGUGUUGUGUUCCGGACUGAGGCCUUUGCUGUGAACUUCAGUGUUUCGUAUGAUCCAUCCUUCCUAGUGCAUGAGAAAUAAAGAUUAUUUAAGUAA